UCGGCAGCAGCUCAUGCCCACGUGUCCGGUCAGCAUGGCAUAUGGAUGGGGAUUCGGCUUCGUGGUCCUCUGUCUGCUGCAUAUUGCGCAUACGCAGCGUGGUCCGGCUGGGCACAUCGAGUUUUACAGCGAUUACGGCAGAAAUCAUGACGAGGAAAGGCUCCACUACGCGCAUCAGUACCACAUCUCCGACGUGGCCAGUCGGGUGCACAUCCUGCAUCGAGAGCAGCGCCAUGGCGACUACGUCUCCGGGUCGUACUCCCACCUGGAGCCCAGUGGACACAUUCGCAGUGUGCACUACGAGGUGCGAGGAGCCAACCGGGGAUUCAAGGCCGUGGUUGAGCAGCGAACCGGGAACAGUCGGGUGCACCAGGCGCUGGAAUUCCGGAGCAGGCAACCGAUCCGGGCUCUGGCUAUAGCCGAGCCUGUGGCAUUUGUGAUUUAAGGCGUCCAGCGGCGUGAAACCGGCCCGUUAAAGCAAAAAAGCGACAAGCGAAUUAUUUGUCUUGUUUUACGCAGCCGUAAAUUGUAAAAUGUUUAAUUGUCUUUCAAUGACUUCGCUGACUUGUUAAGUGAAUUUCGUAUUUGAAAUUUAAAUUGAUUUCGGGAGGGGACCAUAAAAUGUAAACGAACAAUUUUAUUAGACUUAAAAUGUAAAUAUUUUGGGGCUAUAAUUCAAGCCAAGUGGCAUGAAUGAAUAAAAUUAUUUCCCUUUUGU